CGCUCACGCCCAACACCUUGGAAUCUCACCCUUCCAUACACACACUCACUCACUUCCCACUACCAACACUCCCUCCCAAGUCCCAAUUAACCUAACCCUAGUUAAUUCCUAACCCCACCACCACCACCACCACCACCACCCUCUCAACUCUUCUUUUUCCUCUUUAUUUAAACCCCCAUCUGCACCUGCAAUCAAGUUCCAUUCUCCUUCCUUCUAUCUCAUUCCCUCAAUCAUCCAUCACUUCUUCCCAUUCUCCUUCCUUCCAUUUUCAUGCGAGGGCAAUUUCGUAACAAAAUAUUCCAACAACACAAACGCUGUCGUUUUUAAGCAUGAGUUGCAACGGUUGCCGAGUCCUCCGUAAGGGUUGCAGCGAGUCAUGCAUCUUGCGCCCUUGCCUGCAGUGGAUCGACACCGCCGAAGCACAAGGCCACGCCACCGUCUUCGUCGCCAAAUUCUUCGGCCGCGCCGACCUCAUGUCCUUCAUUUCCAACGUCCCUCAACCACAAAGACCAUCUCUGUUUCAAUCUCUGUUGUUUGAAGCGUGCGGACGAACUGUUAACCCUGUGAACGGCGCCGUUGGUCUUCUCUGGACCGGAAACUGGCACGUGUGCCAGGCCGCGGUUGAGACGGUUCUCCGUGGCGGCACACUCAAACCGUUGCCGGAGCUUCUAGGCCUGGACGCUCCCUCUCACGUUCCCACCGCCGCCGAUGACGCGUCCGAAGGGGAAGUCACAUAUGACACGUGGAGGAUCCGAGAUCCGAACCCGAAUGCUCGGUUAACAAACUCGCGGUCUUCUGCCGGUAAACGCCAGCGGCCGGAGGAGCUCGCGAAGCUUCAGACGACGACUGAUCUCAAUCUCCGGUUGACGCCGGGUUUCCUGCAGAACGUGUCGUCAUACGGUUGCAAAAGGGAAGCUCGCCGGCCGGGAUCGCCGUCGAUGAACUCGGAGGAGUCCGUGACGACGACGGCGUGCUUGGGAAGCGGGAUCGGAGACCACUGUUCUCGCGACGAGGAUCGGAAAGUGCUGAAGCUUUUCGUUUGAUCGAGGGUUUCUCUUUCUUUUUGAGAGAUUCGUCCAAACAAGGACUAAGGAGUAACGCGCGCGCGCGUGUAUUAAGUUUUUUGAACGCUUGAUUUUCCCGGAAUUAAAAUCCGGUGAGAUUUUGUCUAACACCGACACAGGAUUUUCCUCUGUUGUUAUUUGCAGACAUGGAGAGAAAGAUGAGCGUUUCGUCGGUGAUUAUUUUUCUUUUCCUAAAUCUAUCAAACAUGUUAUGAUGGUGUGACAUGGAUAUUAAAUAAUUUAUUAUAUUAA